CGCCUCUAAGGGAGGUGCUGAACACCGCUGCUUCAGCCGCGUUUAGGAUUGGCCCGUGCGCGUAUUUGGUUUCCGGAGGGCCUGAGGAAAGGCGUGACCAGGCAGAACUUGGAGAAGUGGGGAGCCUGUAUGUCUCAGCCACCAUGUCUGGAGCUGGCAAUAAACGGGCAGCUGGAGAGCCUGGCCCUUCUGCACCUCCAGAGAAAAAGGCAGGAGUUGAAGACUUGGGGACCACAGUAGAGACCAUUAAGCUUGGUGGCGUUUCUUCAACGGAGGAGUUGGACAUUCGGACCCUACAGACCAAGAACCGGAAACUAGCAGAGAUGCUUGACCAGCGGCAAGCCAUUGAGGAUGAGCUGCGGGAACACAUUGAGAAGCUGGAGCGUCGGCAGGCCACUGAUGAUGCCUCUCUGCUGAUUAUCAACCGUUACUGGAAUCAAUUUGAUGAAAAUAUCCGCAUCAUCCUUAAACGUUUUGACCUGGACCAAGGCCUUGGAGACCUCCUGUCUGAAAGAAAAGCACUUGUUGUACCAGAACCUGAACCAGACUCAGACAGUAAUCAGGAACGAAAAGAUGAAAGGGAAAGAGGUGAAGGGUUGGAGCCAGCUUUUUCCUUCCUAGCAACCUUAGCCAGCAGCACUAGUGAGGAGAUAGAAUCUCAGCUGCAAGAGCGUGUGGAGUCCUCCCGGCGUGCUGUUGCCCAGAUUGUGACAAUGUAUGACAAACUGCAGGAGAAAGUGGAUGUGCUGUCACACAAGCUGAAUAGUGGAGAUAUUUCGCUGAUGGAAGAAGCAGUCUUGGAACUUAAUUCCUACCUUUCACAUGAGAAUGGACGUCUACAGGAACUGGCUGAUCUUCUUCAGGAGAAGCACCGAAUAAUGUCUCAGGAGUUCUCCAAGUUGCAAGAGAAAGUGGAGACAGCGGAGUCUCGAGUGUCUGUUCUGGAGACUAUGAUUGAUGACCUUCAGUGGAAUAUUGACAAGAUCCGUAAGAGAGAGCAGCGACUUAACCGGCACUUGGCAGAUGUUCUUGAGCGGGUGAAUUCCAAAGGUUACAAGGUGUACGGAGCAGGAAGCAGUCUCUAUGGGGGCACAAUCACCAUUAAUGCCCGUAAGUUUGAGGAGAUGAAUGCAGAGCUGGAAGAGAAUAAAGAGCUUGCUGGGAACCGCCUCAACGAGUUAGAGGAACUGCGUCAUGAUCUUCAGGAAGUAACAACACAGAAUGAAAAACUCAAGGUUGAGCUGCGACGAGCAGUGGAAGAAGCUGUGAAGGAGACUCCAGAAUAUCGCUGUAUGCAGUCUCAGUUUUCUGUUCUGUAUAAUGAGAGUCUGCAGCUGAAGGCACAUCUUGAUGAGGCCCGCACUCUACUUCAUGGCACUCGUACCACGCACCAGCGCCAGGUGGAACUAAUUGAGAGGGAUGAGGUCAGCCUUCACAAGAAACUACGCACAGAAGUAAUUCAGUUAGAGGACACCCUGGCACAAGUCCGCAAAGAGUAUGAGAUGUUGAGGAUUGAGUUUGAACAGACGCUUGCUGCCAAUGAACAAGCAGGCCCAAUUAAUCGGGAGAUGCGUCAUCUCAUCAGCAGCCUCCAGAAUCAUAACCACCAGCUGAAGGGAGAGGUAUUGAGGUACAAACGCAAACUGAGGGAGGCCCAGUCUGACUUGAGCAAGAUCCGCUCUCGCAGUGGUAGCGCUCUUCUGCAAUCCCAGUCCAGCACUGAAGACACAAAGGAGGAGCCUCCAGAGAUCAAACAGGAGCCUGAUGACCCUUCUGCCCAAGCAUCUGCUCCCAAAGCUGCUUCUGAAGAAGCUAGUGAAGUUAAGGCCAGGCGAGAUGAAGAGGAACGGGAGCGAGAAAGACGGGAGAGGGAGAGGGAACGAGAAAAGGAAAAAGAGAAAGAGAGGGAGAGAGAGAAAGAGAAAGAAAAAGAGCGAGAGCGAGAAAAACAGAAACAGAAGGAAUCUGAGAAGGAGAGAGAGUCCAAAGAGAAGGAGAAAGGGAAGCAUGAAGAUGGCAGAAAGAAGGAGGCUGAAGUGAUCAAGCAGUUGAAGGCUGAGCUCAAGAAGGCCCAGGAGAGCCAGAAGGAGAUGAAGCUGUUGUUAGAUAUGUACCGUUCUGCCCCCAAAGAGCAGAGAGACAAAGUGCAGCUCAUGGCAGCUGAGAAGAAGGCUAAAGCAGAGCUGGAAGAACUAAGGCAGAGAGUGAAAGAAUUGGAAGACAAGGAGAAAAAGGAGAGUAAAAAGAUGGCUGAUGAGGAUGCCCUUCGGAAGAUCCGAGCAGUAGAAGAACAGAUUGAGUAUUUACAGAAGAAGUUAGCCAUGGCUAAACAGGAGGAGGAGGCUCUGCUGUCAGAAAUGGAUGUCACAGGCCAAGCCUUUGAAGACAUGCAGGAGCAGAACAUACGACUGAUGCAGCAGCUACGGGAGAAAGAUGAUGCCAACUUCAAGCUGAUGUCAGAACGUAUCAAGUCCAACCAGAUUCACAAGCUGCUGAAAGAAGAGAAGGAGGAGCUGGCAGAUCAAGUUUUGACACUGAAGACACAGGUGGAUGCCCAGCUGCAGGUUGUACGUAAGCUGGAAGAGAAGGAACACUUGCUACAAAGCAGUAUUGGAACAGGCGAGAAAGAACUUGGACUCCGAACACAGGCCCUGGAAAUGAACAAACGCAAGGCUAUGGAUGCAGCCCAGCUUGCGGAUGAUCUGAAAACCCAGCUAGAAUUGGCUCAGAAGAAGCUACAUGAUUUCCAGGAUGAGAUAGUGGAAAGCAGAGUAACUAGAGAGAAAGAGAUGUUCAACUUCAAAAGGGCUGAGGAAGACAUUUCUAGGUUACGCAGGAAGCUGGAAACCACUAAGAAGCCUGACAUGGUUCCAAAUUGUGAUGAGAUAUUGAUGGAAGAAAUCAAGGAUUACAAAGCCCGCCUGACCUGCCCAUGCUGUAACAUGCGCAAAAAGGAUGCUGUCCUAACAAAGUGUUUUCAUGUCUUCUGUUUUGAGUGUGUGAAAACACGCUAUGACACCCGGCAGCGUAAGUGCCCGAAGUGUAACGCUGCCUUUGGUGCCAAUGAUUUCCAUAGGAUCUACAUUGGUUGAUUGUUUCCUCUGGAAUCUGAAACCUGCUGCUUACGCUGACCACCCAGCCUCCUUCACUUCUCUAACUGGCACCUUUGGGGCAGUCUGCAGUGUUCUUAGGGAAUGCCUUUUUUUUUUUUUUUUUUUUUUUU